AGUCAUUUCUCCAGAAGUGGGAUCCAUCUUUUAAAUAAACAAUAAGCAAUCUAUGUGGUCUGGAGAUGAGUUGUAAUUCCCCAACUGGAGUUUAGCAGCUCUAUGAGAUACAGGAAACAUCCUUUGAUUUUGAGGAAAAUGUUCUUUAAUAUUACAACGAUAGAGUGUUUGGGAGCAUUUCAGCUUCUCAGGCUUAAAGCACCCUCAGCUGCUGGAGGAGUGGCCAAAUGUUCCUGCUAAAACUUCAGAUCCCCAACUGCUGCCACCCUGAGAAGAAAUUCCCUCAGCCCUCCUCCGAUGAAGGCCUCUCUUAGGUGCAGUAUGAAUUUCACCAGUGCUUCCAGUAUGGAAGAAAUCCCUUUGGAGGACGAGGACAGAACCAGUGUAGAAUACAGGGUGCUGAUGGCCUAUGCCCAGCGCCGGCUGUCUGCUAGCAAAUAUGGCGAACUUCUAGAAAGGGGCGCCAAGGGCCAGGAGGGGUCAUCUUUGACCAGGCAGGAGGCACAAGGGGUCACCCCAACAGACCAAGGAAAGGCACCCCAAGAGAAGCUUCCUGAGGAUCUCAAACCUUUGGCUAAAAGGAAGAGCCAGAAGAAGAAGACGAGACAACCCCACUGGAAGCGCUUUUUGGUGCUUCCCUGUCUACGGGGCCAAACUGAAGAGGAUCCUGGGAAGAGUGAAGUAAAUGGGAAGCUGCCAGAGUUCCAGUCAGGUGCUGGAAGAGAUUUAACCACUUUCUCAACAGAAACUCAAGAAGAUUCGGACAUCACUCGUGUAGCAGACAAGCUUGCUGAACUAGUAGAUAAUUCCAGGUCUCGCUCCAAAACGAUAGAGGGCAGAGGAUUAGUCCGUACACUGAGCCUCGAGGAAGAUGGCGGAUGGGCCUCCAAAAUUGUGCCUGAAGGGGCCCCCAAAGCUGUGCCUCAAGGUUCUUCUGUGGAUGACGGAAAAGAUGAUGAAGAAAAGAUAAUUGGCACAAUAGUUGCCUUGUUAAGAAAAUCAGGAGAUGAACUAGAGAAAGAGAUGGAAAAGGACAACACCUUCCGUUUGAACUUCCGGGAUUUGAUCUCCUACUCGUUCUUCAGAAGAAUCAUAAAUCAGUUCUUAGAGGAGGUUCCUGUGGACCCUACGAAAGACUCUGAGGCCCACGUGCAAAGUACAAAAGUGGCUUAUGUGAUGGAAGUCACAACCAAACUCACUGCUGUUGACAACCAUCCCAUGAAUCUCGUGCUGGGCUUUGGGACAAAGUACCUCAAGGAAAACUUCAGGCCUUGGUUCCACAGCCAUGGCGGAUGGGAAAAGGCUUUGGGAGUAUCGAACCAGGAAGAAGUGGAAUAAUGAGGCUGUGCAUUUCUGAAGAUGGCUUCUUAAUUUGGAACAGCCCCAUUGCAGGAAGGAGAAAGAGAAGAAUGCUACUUUGAGAGUGAAAUUCCUCCCCAUUCCCCUGUACAAGAUUCAUAACAGCAUCCUAAGCAGCCUUACACUCUUCUAAGCUUCUUUACCUCAGUGAGCUUAGGAGGAUGUAACUCUACUUAGGAUGGCCACUUUCAGGUGGCUUUUUGGCACUGCUAGGAUGCUUGGUAUGCUCCUGAUGCUGUGCAUACUGCUCUUUGGAAGAGGGGAGCAUAUUUGGCUGUGACAUUCUAGCUUUUGGCUCAGCACACUUUUUUGGUGGGGGGGGGAGGAAACACCCCCCCCCCCAUUUCCCCUCAAUAUGUGUUUAUAAAGAAAAUAGAUGAGUGGAGUUAAAGUGGCCUGGGAACUGGAGGAAGAGGGAUGAGAGUGCCAGUUUAGGCCUAAGGCUUUGAACAGGUGCAUAAAUUUCACCUGCUGUUGUCUGUCCCAGUAACCUUUGGGGAUCUGAGGCAGAGAAUGGGGGGAAUCCUGUAGUGGAGUUCUUGCUGCUUCAGACCAAGUGGGCAACAGCACAUUUGAAAGGAUUUCCUAGAUUAGUCUUUCCCUGUUUCUCCUCCUCUCCAGAUAAAGUUCUGCAUGCAGGGAGAUAUUUACAGGGAAAAGUGUUUGCUAGGGGAGAUACCCCACCUGCAGCAUCAUGAAAAAUGCUGAACGUCAGCUAUGGGGAAAGCAUAAGACCCUGAAACCACUGCAUACACAUAUGGAAUAUAAAUGAGUGGUUAAGAGGGCCAGAAGCAAGCCACUUUUGAAAGUUUGUUGAAAUGCUCUCAAUCUAGCUGCCAGAAUCAUCUGAGCCUGUAGUUGCUCGUAUCAUACUUGAAAUGUUUGUAAGUGCUUCCAGGACUUCAAAUGCCCACCAUCGUCGACUCUCAUCUCCUUCCCCUUUUCAAAAUGGUGCAAUCUCCUUCCCCUUUUCAAAAUGGUGCAAUAGUAAUGCCAUGAGGGAUGGCAAGUGGAGGCCUUUGGUCACAGCCUGCUUCCUUACCUGCUAUGCCCAUUUCCAACCCAGGGAGGGGCAAAGAGGGCUGUGGAAGUUGUCACAUCUAUGACCCAAGGGCUCUUUGGAAGGCCAAGUUGUGGGGCUUGGGCUCUUCAACUCUGCUUUAGUUCUCUUUGUGGUCUUCCAAUGCCUGUUGCCCACCCACAGGAUUUAUUGAUUGAAGCAACAGGGCAAAGGGCAUACAUGUGUCAAAACUGUGAGGAAUGCUUUAAUAUGUUUCAGGAUCAGGCCUGUCUGCUGCUUCAUUUCCUGUCCACCCAAGACCUGAUUAAUCGGGCAAGUGCAAUUUUGCUCAGGGUCCGCCGAUGGCUGUGAGCACUUGAAAACUGCCUCUGAUGGGCAUCUAGCAUAGUGUCGUGGAACAGUGCAACAAACGAAUCUCUUGUGGGCUUUGUUUAAAAGGCAGCGCUCAGAGUCUUGCCAUUCAUCUGAGGAUUUUUCCCCCUUAUGGAGUUGAGCCAGCCAAUUGUGACUGAUCCCAGUGUACCUUGAUCAAUAAUUUCGGUUCUGACCGGAGGAAGGCAUCAUGUUCUCUUGGCUUUGGUCAGAAGCUGGGUGGUGGCAAGAAUCCCGUCUCUACAGCUUUGCUCUGCCCCUUCGUGCAGGGAGGCCGGAUGUGAGGCGGACGUGCCCAAGACACACUAGCUCCGAGGAGGGUGGUGAGCUGCAGCGGUCCCUGAAGACUCAGCUGUUUCUCAUUUCCCCCCCUCUUGUGCUGCUGGGUGGGGACCAGAGGGAUUUUCUUCAUCAGGAGCCAGUACAGAAAACCACUAGCCAAGAAAGCGGAGUUGUAUUGAAGGCCUGCUUUUAAUUUGAUUUUGAUUUGCGUCAUGGGAUUAGUUAAGUAUUACAGUCUCUUGCUUUCCAGAAAGUGAGAAAGUAACAGUAGGCAAGACAUGUUGACCUUGGAAUGCAUUAAUCCUAGUGGACAAAGCCAUAUUAUGGGCGAUUGCUUGUGGGUAGACUAACAAACAGUGACAGGCCAUCAGUUCGGAUGGAAUCAUCUGCCCCCGUUCUUUUUAAAAAAUUCUCCUGCCGAAUUAGUCCAAAAUCUGAUUCCAGGUUGCACUUUCUGCCAUUCUCUCCAAGAGGUUUAGUUAGUUAUAUUUAAAAAAAGGCAUUGUCCAUUAUUUUUAAUGGUUGGAGAUUUCGAGACUUUACUGCUCAGUAUGAAUGUAAAAACAGCAUCUCAAUUUACGACUAUCCCAAAUGUAACGGGAGGCCAGAAUUUCUUUCAAAGGUGAAGAAUAGAUUCAAGAAUAGCAAGGGGAGGGAGGGUGCCCCAAUUGAAUGGAAUUGUAACUAUUGUCAACAGACUGACUGUACAAUCUGACCAUCUUUACUUUUGCCAAAUGUAAUAAAAGAGAAAAAAACUAACGAAGUAACAAA